AUGGUCAAUGGUCAAGUUGGAAAUGUGGAUGUCACGGAAAUUCUCGCACAAUUCGCACAAUUGUCGGAAAUGUUUCGAACCACAUUGGAAGCGGUGACAAGUCAACAAAGAGCAAGUGCUGGUGGUGAUGGUGAUACUACAGACGGACGAGGUGAAGCACAUCGAAUCAAUAGUCUAAAUAGCCGCACACCAAAGUUCGAAUUUGACAUGGAGGAUGGAAAAACGUUUGUAAAAUAUUGGACUCGAUAUGGAAAUAUAUUUGAGAAGUCGGAAGCAUCGGAAGAAUCAAAACGUCAAGUGUUGUUGGGAAAAUUGGAGGAUGAUGUGUAUGAUCAAUUUUCAGCAUCCGUGGCGCCAAAACACCCAAAUGAGUUGAGUUUUGAAGAAAUCGUGAGUUUGUUGAAAAAUAUGUUUGAUACUCAACAAUCUUUAUUUCGUAAACGAUUUGCUUGUAUGACGCUGAGAAAAACCGACGAAUCACCACUCGCCUUCACCAACAAAGUCAACGAAACCUGUGAAAAAGCUCAACUCGCCGAUAUCAAGAUGGAAGACUGGAAAUGUUUUUUCUUCCUUCGAGGGUUGGAGAAUGCUCAGGAUGUGGAUAUGAGAAAUCAUCUGCUUGAUUUCAUGGAUUAUGACAAGGAAGCACCAAAGAAAACGAUCAAGGAUUUGUAUGAAGAGUGGAUGAGAAGACUGAGUUUGCGAGCUGAUUCGGAGAAAAUCGGAGGUCCAUCAACUGUCCAACAAGUUCGUGCGUUCAGCAAAAAGAAGUCGAAACCGAAUCUCGUCAAGGAUGCUCGAGAUAAUGAAGGUCAAACUCGAAAUGGUCGUCGUGUAACCAAAGAUUUGUCAAAUGUUGAGUGCUGGAAUUGUGGAAAAAUGGGACAUUAUUCGAGAGAUUGUCAGCAAGUUAUCAACCAGGCUAUUGUGCAAUGCGGAAACAUUGGGUCGAAUAGAUUGUUGUUGGAUGCUGAAAUUGAUGGGAAAAUGAUGAAAUUCCAACUGGAUACGGGUAGCGAUCGAACAAUCAUAAGUCGAAGUGAUUGGGUCAAGAUUGGAUCGCCGAAGCUCAACCAGAAAGCUAGCCGGAUUGUAUGUGCAAAUGGUAGUGAGUUGAAGCUUUUGGGAGUUUUCAAGGGCAAGAUCAACAUCAAUAGUGAUUGUUGCGAAGGAAAUGUGCAUGUUCGGGAACAUGGUACUAACUUGCUUGGCUUGGAUCUCAUCAGAUCAUUACCGAAAAUGAGUGGAUUAUUGGAUCUUGUGACCAUUGAAGCCACGAAAUCAGUCGAAAUGGUAGAAGCGGAGAAGAAAUUGGAUGUCUUCGAGGAAGAAUCGCAAAUUUGCUUGCAAGUAAUAUCGUUGCCAGAACUACCAGAUGCCGGAUUCGAAGGUCAAGAGACGGAAUCGGUGUCAAAUGAGUUGUCAUCCGAAACUUUGCCAAAUGUGGAAGAUUCUGGGAGUUAUGUUCAUGUUGAAUAUGUUGGAUCGGAAUCUGGUUUAUAUUUUUGGGUCGCAGUUGACGCCGAAAAUGGUUGGCAAGAAGUUUGUUUGACGGAGUCGAUCUCGACUCAAGCGUUAGUAUCAUUUCUGAAGUCCAUUUUCGAAAAAAAUGGAAAACCCAAGUUUGUUGUCUCAAAUUGUGGAACUCAGUUCGUGUCGGAAAUGUUUGCUGAAUUCUGUGCUGAUUUGGAAAUCGAGCAUAUCAAAAUCAAGUCUAAUAGUUUGUCGGAUCGUUGUCGAGACACAUUUCAUUUUUCAAAUUCUUUGAAAAAGAGGGAGGAGAUGGUGUCUAAAAUUGUUUUGGACAAAUUGAUUGAUUAUCGAUCGACACCUGGAAGAAUUGGCUUGAGUUUUGUUGAAAGGAAAAGGUUGAAAAUCGAAUUGGAUUUGUUGAGUAAACCGAAACGUGAGUUAAAUGGCCGGAAUUUAGAGAAAAUUGAAUUGAACGGGCUUUUUGACAAAAUUUGUAAAAUCGGGGUUAAGUCAGUUGAAGUUGGUGAUACUGUCUAUUUGGAGAAGUAUCGCCAGGAUAAGUGUUUUUGGGAGAAAGCUGUGGUGCUAAAGUCGUUGGGACCCAAAAGUUGUCGAGUCAGACAAAAUGGAAAAAUCAGGAAAGUUAAUUUUGAUGAUUUGUUCCGAGAUCGAAAGAUCAAGGUUUUUGUUAAUUUAGCAGUUGAUAAAUUCUUUGUUUCAGUUAAAAGUCGCCAACCAAUUCACACUUCUCAAUUUCAUGUAACUCAACCUAACAUCCGCCCACCUUCAAUUACUAAUAUUUCAACGUUGUCAAACCAUCGCAAGCCGUCAUUGUCAAUGUCUAAUCCAAAUGUUGUUUCGUCACCUAACCCUUUGUCGUCUUCAAAAGUUGUAUGUAUGCAUGCUGAACGCCGUUACGCAAGUUUGAAUGAUAUUUGUUUGAGACCCAGUAGGAUCCCCACCCUAUGUGUUUUUCCUGGUCACGCCUGUUCGGCAGCGGAAAUAAAAAUUUCGGGUUACUGUACGCAAAAAUGUUCAUACACACUGACAUGAAAUUGCACACAUUAUUUUUAUUUUUUAUUUUUUUUCGUUUUUUUUCCGUUUCACUUUGCUAAUGGCGUGAUUCAGGUCGAAAAAAAAAACUAAAAAAAAACAUUUUUUUACAAAAAAAUUCGAUUCAGCAAAUGUCAAAAAACUAUAUUUUUUCCACACAAAAAUGAGAGAUAUCUCGCAGCGAAAAUGUUUCAAUGAAAAAAAAUGUCGAGAGAUAGAAAAAAAAUAUAGUUUUUUGACAUUUGCUGAAUCGAAUUUUUUUGUAAAAAAAUGUUUUUUUUUAGUUUUUUUUUCGACCUGAAUCACCCCAUAAGAUAUUUAUUAGUGUUUUCUGAAGAGAAAUCAGUUUUUACAGCAUACAUUGAUUAUUUUUUUCUCGGAGAGUAAUGGUUAGGUGUGUAAUUGAGCGAAUUCACUCCGGUUUUACUGAAAUUAGUGUUUGAACUUAUAUGUUUUGCUGAACCAAUUGUUUGUCUAUUCUCUAUGUAAAAUGUUUAAAAUUUUCGUACAUAUUGAAUAUAGAGAGCAACAGAAAAACAUCGUAUUUCUUUAUUGUUGUACGUUUUCUGCGGAUUGUCUAAAUUAGUUUUUUUUAGAUAAUUCAUGAUUAUAAUUGGACAACAUUUCACUAUCAGCCAACAAUAUUUUUGUGGCUUGACUGGGCAAAACUCAACAAGACGAGCUAUGUGACACCAACAAAAUUAAUAAUGAAUGGUUCAUUCAACAGAACUUGAAUGAUUGAGAGUUUCAUGAAGCGAGCAAGUUUGAAUAAAACGACAGAAGAUUUGGAGAAUAGCUUGUUGCUGUUAUAAACAACUUUUGAAUGCCAUGAUAUCUCUGUGUUUCGGUAAGUAUUUUUAUAUUGAAAAUUCUUUCUAAAAUCUUCAAAACAUAUGUUGACAUUUCGUGGAAAAAGGUUAGCAGAAAAAACCAAAAAUAAAAAUUUAAAUUCCAAAAUUCUCACUCUAGUUGUUCGAAAAACGAAUGUAUUCAGGCCUGAGUUUAAUCGCCAGACCAAUUAAGUCUGAAGAAAAAUCACACUAUCGAAAAGUUACUCGCUACAGAAACCAACUCAAAUUCUAUCACGAUUAAUUUUUCAAGGCCGAAUACGAUGUAAGAAAAUAUUAUGUUUAGUUUUCACAGAAAAGCUUACUCAAUUAACUAAUUAAUAUUAGGCUCUGGACAGCAAGAUUAUCACUAAAAAUGAAAUAUUCCAGAGAAAUACUAAUUGUAAAUUUUCCAGAUAAAUCACUUCACAUCAUCCUUCAAACAUGCUCACCAUUUGUCAAACGAUGGAUUUCAUUUUUUUUCUGCCAUAUUUUUUUUCAUAAAUUAAUUUAUUAUUCUGUUUUACAAUUAAAAUGA